AUGGGUCAGGUUGGACAAUAGUCUCCUACGCAUACCUACUUAGCGGGCUGAGCACUCACAUAAGGUAUGCUUACUUUGGCCAAGAAUUCCUUUCCUCAAAAUUAGCCAAUCACAGCUUUACCCACGGAAAUUGUGGGGCUUGACCUUGAGGCUUGGGUCGUCAAAAGUUUCAAAACAUUUAAUCUUGAUGACUUGAACAUUUCAUAUCUUCAUUUGUACGUAUUCAUAUCUUAAACUGAUUAUCUGCGAGAGCUGAGAGAUAUAUUUGUUCACAGUGAUUUGUUAUACAUAUACCAGACUACAAAUUUACAAUAUGGAACAAUUGUAAAAUCUGUUAGAAUUUGUCUAGCUAUUGUUUUGAACAGACAGUGUAGUAAAAUUUGAUUACUUUACAAGCGUUUGCAGGUGUUACUGUAACACGGGUAAUAUACUGGAUAAAGACUUCAAGACAAAGUUAUAAAGUUACAGUGUACAUUUAUUACUGCGGGUGUAUAUAAUAAAUUUAUAAAUACUAAUUGAAGAUUACAGAAUUCAGCCUAUAUAAAAUACUGAAUUGAUUCAUUGCAUAUUUCGGUUUCAAAGUUUGUAUAUGACUAGCCAGUUUAUAAAGUUUAAUAAAAUCGUAAUUACAAAAGUCGCUCUGAUAUUAAACGUUCAGAAACUUAUCUCUGGAAACUUAUAGUAUAUAUCGAAUAUACAUGCCGUCACGCAGUCUCGUCAAGUUCAAAACAAGUACCAGUGAAUAGUUUUAUAUACAUUUAAGCCUUCGACCUAUCGCGUACAUUCGUUGCAAAAAUAUUCAAUAUUUUCUACUGUUCACAUUUAUGGCCAUUUAAAUACGUAUAUACCGUAUUAUUAUUUGAUUAUCGCACGCUCCUUGUUUACACUUUACAGUUGACAUUCAAAGUGGGCGUGUCUAGUGUAUUUGAAUACUAUUGGCUAAUGGAAUACAAUGGGAAGGUGAAUUGCUAGCGAAAGUAAGCAGAGUGAAUCUGAAGUUGAAUCUGAAGUUGCUUAAUAUGGAACAGCUGAUUCAUUCCUGAAAGUAUCACACAUUACCAGGACUUGGCAUGCCCACCAGGUCACUGUUCUUGUUCUUCAGAAGCUACUGAAUGAAGCAUUAAACCAGAGAUCUAAUGUUGAUGAGAGUUUGAGCAACUGGCUGGAACAAAUGUGUAAGAAAUCGCCCACGUUCAAGUUCUGGAACAUAAUCGCACACUAUGAGAUUCUUAUUCUCAUAUUUGUUAGAGCCCAUAGGGGGAGAAACUUCCCAUUGUAUGUUACUGUAUUGGAGGCACUUGUGCCAUUGUUCUUUGCGUUAGACCAUGUGAACGAUUCUCGGUGGCUGCCUGUACACAUCAGAGACAUGAAGGCACUGCCACAAGAGAUCAAAGAUGAGUUUGAAACUCUGAAUCACCAGACAAUCGCAAAGUCGUUACACACAUACUCUGCAAUCCCAAUCGACCAAGCGUGUGAGCAGGUGAAUAAAGUGGUGAAAGCAUCCAGUGGUGCAGUAGGACUAACUGAGAAUCCAGUUGCCUUCAGAUGCUGGAUGACCGCUGGACCCGAGCAGGGCUGCAUAAAAUAUUUUACUUCCUGGGACCACAAAGCCAACAAAAAUAUUUUCUGCACGCAAACACUGGGAAUCUUAUUGUAGAUGAACAGUUAUAUAGCAGGCUCAGUAAUUAUGUACUGAAGGCUCAACAAUACAAUUUCCUGACAUAUAUAAACUAGAUUAUAUUUAUUCAUCAGUGUGAUAGUCGAGGUGUCGAAGUGAAGAUAUCAAUUAAUAAACGAACAUAUUGAUAAACGUUUGACAUGGUGUCAGGUGUGGGAUUUUCCACCUAAAUCCUUUAACAUUGAUAUCUAUCUCCGAAAAGAGCUUAUAGCUAGAAACGAGACGAAAUGGCAGACUUGUUUAGAAAACCCGAACCAUUGAGCUUCGAGGGAAACGUGGCAGAAAAUUGGUGUCGGUUUGAGCUAGAAUUGGAUAUAUUCUUGGCAGCAGCUCAUCAUGACAAAACGGAAAAGACGAAGGCGCACAUCAUGCUUAAUAUUGCUGGGAGAGAAGCGAUUGAAAAGGGAAGGUCGUUCAUGUAUUCAUCGGCUGUACGCAAUGAAGCAAAUGAAAUAAUCACACCGGCAGAGACGAAAGAAAGCAUUGAAGUCCUCAAACGAAAAUUUAAAGAAAUCUGCAAUCCGCAGGGGAAUGUAAUCAUAGAAAGACACAAGUUUAACGUAAGAAACCAGAGAGACAGUGAGUCUAUUCAAUCUUAUGUUUCUGAUCUCCGUAUAUUAGCCGAUACAUGUGAAUAUGGCACAAUGAAAGAUGAAUUUAUUCGUGACAAAAUAGUGUGUGGUAUUAUAUCGGACAGGGUUGUUAUUCUGCAAAAUUUUACCAAAAAGGUCCUAUGAAAAUUUCAAAAGCGUCCGGGUCACAUAGAAAGCCUCGUGUUGAUGAAAUAUUAGCACCUUGUAAAUAAGUUCAAUUGCUCUGAAGAUGUUGUGAACAAUACAACGAAACGUUAGCCAAUAAAUUUUAUAUUUUGUUAUGUCUUGUCUGAAAGUCAUUUGCUGGGCUUUAAUUUGGGGGCUAUACAUUUUCAACACUGGGUACUGUAGAGAUGAAUUGUCACAUUAAUUCAACAAUACAUAGGUUAGAAUUUCAGAUCGUGGAUAAGCCUGUCGCAUCACUUUUUGGUUUAGAGGAUUCAUUGAAAAGGAAUCUUAUUAAGCUAAACGAAACACAUUCACAAAGUUCAAGCAAGCGGCGAGUUCAGAGACAAGGUUAUGGAGAAGCACAAAGAUCUUUUCGAUGACAACCUUGGGGAAUUACCGGUCGUUUACUCCAUGAAAGUUGACAGCAACGUAACACCCGUAAUAAACCCACCACACACAAUACCAAUCGCAAUGGGAAAAAAAUGUGAAAAAAGAGCUAGACCACAUGGUGGAGAAAAAGGUAAUCGCCCCAGUCUCGGAGCCAACUGAGUGGGUAUCGCAGAUGGUAGCUACACGAUGCGAAACACGCAUUUGUCUAGAUCCACGAAACCUGAAUCUAGCUUUGAAGAGAUCUCAUUAUCCAAUGAGAACAGUCGAAAGUGUUGCUGCUCGUAUGCCAGGUGCCUCAGUGUUUUCUACCUUAGAUGCAAAAUCUGGAUUUUGGCAGAUUACGCUAGACGAGAAGUCAUCGAUGCUGACCACAUUUGGUACACCAUUUGGAAGAUUUCGAUAUCUGCGAAUACCGUUUGGUAUAAAUACAGCAUCAGAAGUAUUUCAAAGAACAAUGGAACAGUUGUUCACCGGCUACCCUUGUGAGAUCAUUGUUGAUGACAUAUUAGUUUGGGGAAGUGACAUUACUGAGCACGAUUAUAAUCUCGAGAAAGUAUUGCAGAGAGCAAAGGAAGUUAACCUCAAGCUAACUACAAAGAAGUGCAAGUUCCGACUCGAAAGUGUUUCAUACGUUGGGCACCAGUUCACCAAAGGUGGUCUCAAGCCAGAUGAAGACAAGAUAAAAGCAAUCAAAGAAAUGCCAGCUCCUGAUGGUCCAAAGGCUUUACAAAGAUUUCUUGGAAUGGUGAAUUACCUGCAUAAAUUCAUCGAUAAUUUUAGUGAAAAGAUGGCUCUACUCCGCCAGUUGCUGAACAAAGACACAAAGUGGUCCUGGGAUGUACAUUAUCAAGUGGCUUUCGAGAAGCUCAAGAAAGAAAUCAGCAACCCUCCAGUGCUAAAGUUCUUCAAUCCUGCGAGACAAGUUGUCUUAUCCGUCGAUGCUUCCAAGAGUGGUUUAGGAGCAGUUUGUCUUCAAGACGGUUCUCCAGUGGCGUAUGCUUCUCGUGUGAUGACCGAAACGGAAAGUAGGUACACACAUAUCGAGAAAGAGUUGUUGGCUGCAGUUUUCGCCUGCACAAAGUUUUACGAUUUCACGUAUGGCAACAAAGUUGGGAUAGAAACUGAUCAUAAACCCCUCAUCACGAUCGUGAAGAAACCUCUACACAUAGCUCCAGCACGACUCCAAUGA